CUCUGCCAACAGCGACUUGAAGACAAGCUGCACUUCUAGCUCAGCAAAAAUAAAAGCUUCCCGCCGUGUGCAAGCAUUGCACCACAACAACAUGGUGAUGUACACGUCGGCACCGGCAGACCCGGAGGCGGGAUUCGAAGAGAAGACGGUGGUGGUGGUGGAGAAGAGGUCGUUUGCAGGAUGGAUCUGGAAACUCUCCGCGGGCCUCCUGGUGGCCACACUCUGCUUAGGCCUGGUCCUGUUGUUCGCCUGGUACUGGCACGGAAGACCCCGACACCACGGUCCGACUCAGGCACUCGUGGCGGAACCAGGGAAUGACGCAGAUCAUUCCGACACACUGCUAAGAAUCAGCAGCAAAGCUAAGGCGGCCAUUCAUUUAGAAGGGGUGCACACUGAAACUCCGAGUUUGACAGAGCAGCUGGAGUGGAGGAACGGUCAGGGUCAGGCCUUCGCUCAGGGCGGCCUGUGCCUGCUCAACAACCAGAUCGUCAUCCCGCACACGGGCCUCUACUUUGUCUACAGCCAGGCGUCCUUCCGCGUGUCCUGCGGCGCCGAGGAGGCAGGGGAGGAGCAAAAAGGGAGGAAGCGCCUCACGCCCCUCAGCCACAGGAUCUGGCGCUACUCCGACUCGGUGGGGCGCAAGGCGUCUCUGAUGAGCGCGGUGAGGUCGGCGUGCCAGCAAGGGGAGUCGGCGGAGGACGAUGCCCGCGCCGCGCAGGGCUGGUACAACGCCUUGUACCUGGGCGCCGUCUUCCAGCUCAACAAGGGCGACCGGCUGUGGACGGAAACCAAUCAGCUGUCGGAGCUGGAGACGGACGGAGGCAAGACCUUCUUUGGCGUGUUUGCACUUUGACCCACUUGUGUGUGGUCCUCCCUCAGAGAACUACUCCCCUAACAAGACUCUCAAUUAAGGAACUAAAUACCAGUUACUUUUGCUUUAAAAAAUCAUUUAUCGCUGCUUAUCCUAUUAAUGGUCACAGGUGAGCUGGAGUCUAUUUCAGCUGACUUGACGAGAGGCGUGGCCUAGCCUGGACUGGUCGCCAGUAUACACAUGUCACACGGAUCAGUAAGUGUGGCUGUGCGAUAGUAUGUUGUGUAAACCUCAUUUUUCGAUACCUUAAGAGCUGCUGAGUUGACAGCUUGCACUGGCUGACCCACCUCGCCGUAAAUGGGAAUUUGUGGUCGCUGGUUCGAGCCUGCAUUAACAUUGUUACAUACACUACCGUUCAAAAGUUUGGGGUCACAUUGAAAUGUCCUUAUUUUUGAAGGAAAAGCACUGUACUUUUCAAUGAAGAUAACUUUAAACUAGUCUUAACUUUAAAGAAAUACACUCUAUACAUUGCUAAUGUGGUAAAUGACUAUUCUAGCUUCAAAUGUCUGGUUUUUGGUGCAAUAUCUACAUAGGUGUAUAGAGGCCCAUUUCCAGCAACUAUCACUCCAGUGUUCUAAUGGUACAAUGUGUUUGCUCAUUGGCUCAGAAGGCUAAUUGAUGAUUAGAAAACCCCUGUGCAAUCAUGUUCACACAUCUGAAAACAGUUUAGCUCGUUACAGAAGCUACAAAACUGACCUUCCUUUGAGCAGAUUGAGUUUCUGGAGCAUCACAUUUGUGGGGUCAAUUAAACGCUCAAAAUGGCCAGAAAAAGAGAACUUUCAUCUGAAACUCGACAGUCUAUUCUUGUUCU